AGCCUCCAUUUCGCGGGCUUUUAAACACUCCAUCCACCCACUAAAACCCUCAUUCUAGGGUUUUUUCUUCCAUAUCUCCCGCACUCACUUCUUCACAACCGUUCGAUCAUCUCGCUUUCGAGUCUCUGCAAUUCAUCAGAGCAUGUCCGAAUCGGAUCCCGUUUCCAUUCCCGCCACCGUCGUUUCUCUAACGACGAGCUUCCGGCUCGUUCCGUCGGCAGCCGUUCCCGUGAUCAUCGACUGCGUCUUAGCCUCGACUGGUCUAGCUCCAUCAUCUCUCUUCAAAUCUCUUCUAGACGCCUUCUCCAAUCUCACAAAGGAUCUUCUCAAAGAUGGAAAUGCGAAACUGGAAUCUGAUUGUUCGAGCUACAUCAUGUCCUACACGACUGCACUCUGUUGCCUUAUAAAGAACCCGGGGACUGAGGCUAAUGCAUUGCAGUCAUUUAUUUGGAGAGGGUUUCUUCCACUCCUAAAGAUAAUAAAUACAAAUAAUCAUGAAUUAAUUAACCAGAUGGCAGAAUUACUGUGUGAUGUCGUGGUUGAAAAUCACAAGUGGGAACUUAUUGAAGCAACUUUGGUUCCAUUUUCUCUAAGGGCAAUGGGGCUUUCUAUGGGUUUACUUCAAAGUGAAGAAUUAGCCAUUUACCAGUGGAGUAGAGACUCAUUCAUUCAAAGGCUGAAUAACGAGUCAAGCGAUAGAAAUGUGGAUCAAUUUGUCACAUUGCUCGAGUCUGGAUCUGUGCCACUGUCUACUGCAUGCCAUAUUUUAACUUCUUUGGUAGUUGCUGCUCUCAAAAGCUGUCAAGCGAUUGAAAGUGCAGAACAACUGAGGGCAGUAGGUUGGCAUUCUGCAGAAAAUUUUGCCAGGAAUGUGCUGUUGGCCCUCUCUGAUAUGGCAGUUCGCAUGCUUUCACAAUGUCCAGAACAUCGAUCAUGUGCAAGUCGCCUUCUUCUUCCGUGUAUUUUCAGGGCACUUGAUGCCCUUUCCUCCUUUGAAGUUUCAGUACAUGGAUUGACAUUUAUCUUUACCAGGGAUUAUUUUUUAAGGAAAAUUUGGAAGUGCUGCAGCUCCCUGUUUUCUCAUGGACCUCUAGAGCGACAAGAAGCCUAUUGGAUACUCUCUCUAUAUUUGCCUCAUUUCUUUCAUAGUGAAGGGUGUGAAAAUGUUGCAGUACAAAAUGGUGCAGAUGACUUUGAUAUAAGAGAAGAACAACUGUUUUGGGAUGAAAUGCGGAGAGGAUUGGUCGAUAAGGAUGCCUUGGUGAGAAAGCAAUCAUUACAUAUUUUGAAAAUAUCAUUGGGCCAUUACUCUUGUAAACUGAGUGAAGAAAGUCAAGGCUGCACUGUUGUUUCAGAUACUAAUGCAGGCGAUAAGAAUGGUUCAAUGGCACAUGGUAUGACAAAGAGGGGACAAUGGGCUGAAAAGGAAGCCAAAUCUUUAGGUGUGGGGCAAAUAUGCAAUUCAUCUGAACCCUUUCUGAACUGUCAACAGAGAUGGGCGGCAUUCCUACUUUUGUAUGAAAUGCUUGAAGAGUAUGGAGCACAUUUGGUCGAGGCAGCUUGGACACACCAGAUAUCUUUGUUGCUUCAGUUUUCUUGGACACCUGAUUCAAAUAUGGAUCAUGUUGGUAGAGGGGUUUAUCAAUUUCAGAUGGAAGCUUUAGAGGGAAUCUUUAGCUGGUUAGCAGUUUUAUGGGAGCGAGGAUUUUGUCACGAGAAUCCUCAAGUGCGGUGUUUGAUUAUGCAAUCAUUUUUAGGCAUCAAUUGGGAGAAUAAUGGAAACUGUGCAAAACUAGUGCCUGAAAGUUUCAUACUCGGGCCAUUCAUACAAGGGUUGAAUGAUGCUGUACACCACAAAGACUUCGGUUUAAAAGGAGUUUACUCUUCAGAAACAAUUAAAGGUGCUAGCAAAUUUCUAUGCCAAUUUUCCAGUUACUUCUCCAGUAGAGAGCGGGUAGCAUUCAUUUGCAGUUUAGCAUCUGUUGCUAAACACGAUUCCUUUGGGAGAGCUGGAUUGAUGGCACUUGCUGUUUGCAUUGCUUCAGCUGCUUGUGGAACUGAAACACACUGUGAUGGUGAAGAUCAAUGGUGCGAAGCUAGUUCUCGUAACACAGUGCAAGUAGAAUUUGCUCAAGAAAAUCUUCUGCAAAAUAGAAGUGCAGAUUUAUUAGAUGCUCUUAGAAUUGUUCUUGAGAGAAGCAAACAACACUUCAAUGCAAAUUAUCGUCUUCGAGUUUCUGAGAAGGUUCUAGAGGCUGCUUCUUCUGUGAUGUUUACCUAUGAUGUGCCACUUGAUUUACUCUUGCAUUUUAUUUCGUCAGUGCCCCGUGAAUUUACAGACUAUGGUGGCAUGUUGAGACAGAAGGUACAACAAUGGUUUUAUGGGAGCAGUGCUAAAAGUUGCAGCUCCAAUCCCUUUAGUCUUGAACUGCAGGAUUUUAAGAAUCUUUGCGAUUUUCCUCAAAGGUUCAUAAGGCACCAUCACUCUCCUGGUUCUUUUAUUUCUUUUGAUGAUGAUGACUUGGAUGCAUGGGGAUUUGAAGCGCAAAGGUGGGCAAGGGUGUUUUUUCUCAUAGUCACAGAGGAUUGCCAUUUGGAACCAAUGUUUACGGUUUGCCUUCCUAACCUUUUUCUCCAAAAUUAUGGCAUUAAUAUCUGCACAGGGAAGAGUGAUGUGGACUGGGUUCCUCUGAAGUUUCUCAUACUUAUUUUAAGCUUGGUCCAAGAGCUUCAGAUUGGACAGGAAAAAUCCACUUAUUACACUGCUGAUGUCAGAAUGGAGACAGAAGCUAGCAUGACUACGAUACUGGAUCACCUGAGUGCACCAACAAACUAUACUGUCUUUGAAAAGUUUACUGGGCCUUUUAUUCAUAUAUUGGAGGAGCUUGUGUCUUUUACGAAAUUAGCUUGCUCCAUAUUUUGGUCCAGCCCUAAGAUAAAUGAUGUGAUUCUACCAAGUUCCAUAAAAGGAAAGCUAGGAGGCCCAAGUCAACGACGGUUGGCUUCUUCAACAGCUACUUCUGUGUUGCAAGCUAUUUUGUCAGUAAAGACAGUUGCGUCCAUCUCAUCAUGGUGUGCACAUUUGAAAAAUGACGUUUCCCUCGAUGCUGCCUUUACUUUCUUAUGGAAUUUCUCAUGGAAAGUUAUUUCGUCUCCAGUAUAUGAUUCAGAGACCGGAGCAGAAAUUCACCUAGCAGCCUAUGAAGUGUUGGUGCCUGUUUUGAAAGCAUUGUGUACUGCUUUCUGUCCAUUGGCUUUUGAUAUGAUAAUGACCCACAAUAAAUCAGCAAUUACAAAUGGAGGAGACAAACCCUUGCUGGAUCCUUUGGUUCUUAAUUUUCUUCAAAAUAUAAAUGAUCUCCUUGCAGUUGGAGUUCUGGCACGAAGUCGACGAGCGGUUUUGAUGAACUGGAAGUGGCUCUGUUUGGACUCAUUGCUAUCAAUUCCUUACUACAUCAUUGAGAAUGGAGUUUGUCUCGGGAGUACGUUUCCCUUCUUUUCUGAUGCGGCUCUCAAAAGUGUUUUUGUGGAUCUUGUUGAGAGCCUUGAGAACGCUGGCGAAAGUUCUGUUUUGCCUAUAUUGAGAUCUGUCAGAUUGGUUCUGGGACUGUUUUGUUCAGGAAGGAUGCGUAUGUUUGUUUCCUCAUGUGAUGGCGUUGAUACUCAGAUGAUGUUGCAAUUAGUACAUUCUUCUUGGAUAUUACAUGUGAGCUGCAAUAAGCGUAGAGUUGCACCUAUUGCUGCACUUCUCUCUUCUGUCUUGCAUUCUUCAUUGUUCGGUGACUUGAACAUGCAUCGAACAGGCAACACUGAGCAAGGCCCUUUGAAGUGGUUCAUUGAAAGAAUUCUUGACGAAGGCUUAAAAAGCCCACGCACCAUUCGCCUCGCAGCUUUGCACUUAACGGGUUUAUGGCUCUUAUAUCCAAAAACAAUUAAGUAUUAUGUGAAAGAGUUGAAGCUGCUAUCACUCUAUGGUUCUGUGGCUUUUGAUGAGGACUUUGAAGCUGAAUUGACUGAAAAUCAUGAUGCUAGAAAGGAGGUUUCAUUGCUAGCCAAAAGCCCAGAUCCUGAGUUGGCUGAGGCAUUUAUCAACACGGAGAUGUAUGCCCGGGUCUCUGUUGCAGUUCUCUUUUACAAGCUAGCGGAUUUAGCUGAUAUGUUGAAAAUUGUCAAGGAAAGUGAAGACGCCCAGGCUGCCCUUGAUUCUGGAAAGUUGUUUCUGUUAGAGCUCCUUGAUUCUGCGAUCAAUGACAAAGAUCUUGCAAAGGAGUUGUACAAGAAAUAUAGCGCGAUCCAUAGACGCAAAGUUCGUGCUUGGCAGAUGAUAUGUGUGCUGUCACGGUUCGUUGACGAAGAUAUAGUUCAACAAGUUACAUCUAGCUUGCAUAUAUGCCUAUGUAGAAACAACUUACCUGCUGUUCGGCAAUAUUUAGAAACAUUUGCGAUCCAAAUUUAUCUGGCAUUUCCAUCACUGGCUGGGGAGCAGUUAAUUUCUAUUUUCCACGACUACAAUAUGAGACCUCAGGCACUCUCUUCAUAUGUUUUCAUAGCAUCCCAUGUGAUACUCCAUGCCAAUGAAGCUUCUGUUCAGUUAAAACAUUUGGUGGAGUUGCUCCCCCCUAUGAUUCCGUUCUUAACCUCUCAUCACCACAGUUUACGUGCUUUUACUCAGUUACUGGUAUACCAAGUUCUGUACAAGUUGAUGCCUGCCUUUGAUCCUAGUAAUUCAGACGAUAUGCCUUUAGAGAAAAAGUGCUUCAUGGAUUUGAAGUCAUAUUUGACAGAAAACUAUGACUGCGUGAGGCUAAGGGCGUCGAUGGAAGCUAUUUUUGAUGCAUUUGAUCCCAAUUACUCGGCUACUCCAAAUGGAAUUUUUACUGCUCGGAAUGAGGAACUCGACUUUGAAUGUGUUCCAAAAUCCCUCAUGGAGCAAGUGAUCACCUUUCUAAAUGAUGCCAGAGAAGAUCUUCGAUAUUCUAUGGCAAAGGAUGUAAUGACCAUAAAAAAUGAGAGCCUAACAGCUGGAGAAACUUUCAAGGACGUGGAAUCGUCAGCAAAAGCUGAUGAAGAAAGAUUAUUUGCCCAAAUUUCAAAAGAUGCAUAUUUGGAUUUUCAAAAGAAAGUCACACUCCAUAAACAUGAAAGGCAGGACACUGAUGGUACCACCUCUAUGGUCAACGCUGAAUUUUGCAAAUCACUUUUAGAAAUAGAAAAGGAAGAUGAGCUUCUCAAUUCGAUGGUACAAUCAAGAAUUACAGCUAUGGAAAGGAUAAGAGAAAGUCGACAAUCUUUUAUACUUGUUGCAUCCUUGCUUGAUCGCAUACCUAAUCUUGCCGGAUUAGCUCGGACAUGUGAGGUAUUCAAAGCAGGAGGAUUAGCUGUUGCUGAUGCCAGCAUUGUAAACGAUAAACAGUUCCAACUCAUCAGUGUGACAGCAGAGAAGUGGGUGCCACUCAUUGAAGUUCCGGUACACAGCAUGAAAGUCUACUUAGAGAAAAAGAAGCGUGAAGGUUUCUCCAUCUUGGGCUUAGAGCAGACUGCAAACAGUGUUCCUCUUGACAAAUAUUCCUUCCCCACAAAAACGGUUCUGGUCCUCGGGCAUGAAAAGGAGGGUAUUCCAGUGGAUAUAAUCCAUAUUCUAGAUGCUUGCAUUGAGAUUCCUCAGUUGGGUGUUAUUAGGUCACUCAACGUUCAUGUCAGCGGUGCUAUUGCUCUCUGGGAGUAUACUCGACAGCAACGAUGCAAGCAGUACUGAUCUAUGCGAAUUCUGUUUCAGAUAACUAUGAUUGAGAUUUACACUUUGUUUUGUUGUAUGCUGUUUCCGUAGCUGUGAUCUAUCCAUUAUCUUGGGAGCUUUUAUUUUAGCCAUAAUACUGACUUUUGAAAUGAGAGUUUGUGGGUUUUAGACCCCGUUUUGAUGCA